AUGAUUAACGAAUCAGUUUGCCGAUCUUAUCAAGUCAGUUUGUUCGAUCAAACAUUAUUUUUUACGAAGGAAGUUACGAAACGUAGAGAUUUUAUUCGGUAUGAAAAAUAUGGGACAAUGUUAAAGAUAGCAGUCUCAGUAUUAUAUGAACCAAAAAUGGGACUGGCUGGCAUGAUUGCUGCAGGUACGAUGGCUACUGGUGCUGUCGCUGUAACGGUUGUAUGUGUGCCGUUUGUGACCCCGGCAUUGCGUAAAAUCUGCAUACCAUAUGUUCCAGCUACGCCACAACAACUGCAAAAUGUUGCCAUGGCGUUGUCAACGUGUCCAGCUAAAGUCUCACCUCUUGUCGACUUGGGUAGCGGUGAUGGACGUGUUGUG